AUGCAUGAUCUUGUGCAUGAUAUGGUGCAAUCCAUUUCCAGUUCUAAAACUUUGAGGUUGACAGAGUCUGGAAGUGAUGACCAGGGGACGUUUCCCAUCCAGUAUCUUGCACUGGAGAGAAGUGAAAAAGAAAUGCCAUUUCCUCCCUCUGAAAGGUUCAAGUGUAUUACAACAUUAUUUUUGUUGGAAGACAGAUCACUUAAUGAUAGAGAGAUAUCAUUUUUUAUGUUGCGAGUUUUGAGUUUAAGGUCAUCAAGUGUCGAGGAGCUUCCUAAAUCAAUUGGGAAGCUAACUCAUUUGCGGUACCUUGAUUUAUCCAGACCUUCAAUCAAAAUAAUGCCAGACUCUCUUUGUCGACUUUAUCAUUUGCAGACAUUAAGAGUUGAAGGUUGCAAAUCAUUGACAAAGUUUCCAGAAAAUUUCACGAAUUUGGUGAAUUUGAGGCACUUUGAAGUGCGAAAUUGCACAAACUGCAAAGAGUUACCAACUCUUGGGCACAUGUCCUCCCUCAGAUCUCUUCACUUGGAAAGUCUUGAUGGCAUAACAAGCAUAGGACCUUCUUUUUAUGGAGAAUCAACCAUACAUAGUGGAAGCGGCAGUCAAAGUCCCCUAAAAUUGUUUCCAGCACUUGAACAUUUCAUUCUAAGGGACACGCACAGUUUGACUGAAUGGACGGAAGCAGAAGUUCAUGAUAGAGAAUUGAUGGUAUUUCCUGUCCUUGAGAUGAUAGAGAUUGAAGAUUGCCCCGAACUAGCAACUUUUCCAAGUCAUUUUCCAAGUCUCAAGAAAUUGCACAUCGAUUUGACUAAGAAUGGGUCAGCAGUAAUGGAAUAUAUCCGCAGCGGAGUUAGCACUCUCACUGUUCUUAGCCUUUUGUAUGUGACUGGGUUCACUGAGCUACCAAAUAUGUUAUUUCAAAACAAUCUUGCACAUCUCCGGUUAAGAAGUUGUCGUGAUUUGACCCAUUUCUUGGAUUUUCCGUCUGAUGUUCCUCAAACUUUAGAAGGUCCAAAUUCCCAAACAGUGCUUGAGUUGAGCCAACCACACACUUGUAUUGACAAUAGUUCUACUCAACGUUUGGUUGGUCUUGAGUCCCUUGAGAAAUUACUUGUUCGAUUUUGCAAUUCACUCAAGUCGAUUUCAAUCCCCAAGGGAGACAAGUACCUCACUGCCUUGCGAGAAUUAGAAAUUUCCGAUUGCAAUAGGUUAACCCACUUGUCCAUCCCCCAGCUAUCUGAGUCAGAGUGGGAUUCCACUUCUCCGCCCUCCCUCUCCGCUACUUCUCCUCCUCCUCUUCUACCUCUCGAGAAAUUGAAAGUAAACGGCUGCUUCGAUCUGAUCUCCUUUCCAAUUGAUUUAACCCGAACACCUUCUCUCUCUUCCCUAGCCAUAUCAAGUUGUCCCAAAAUAACGGACUUGCCCAAGGGGAAGCUUUGUUCUCUUACAAGCUUGAGAACCUUAGACAUUGGACCAUUCUCAGAAACCACAGAGUUGCAUUCCUUCCUAUACCUCUUUGACGCUCUCCCACCACCGCACCCCUACUUCCCCUCCCUUUCAGAAUUAAUUCUGCGUGGAUGGUCUCAUUGGGAAUCUCUGCCCGAGCAACUUCAGCGCCUCUCUGCCGUAACAACUCUUUGUUUAAGUGGUUUUGGAGUGAAAUCAUUGCCCGAUUGGUUUGGGAAGCUUUCGUCACUUGAACAACUUUGUCUCUUGGAUUGUGAAAAGCUAGAGAAUUUACCCUCUCACCAAUCUAUGAGAAGCCUCACCAGACUAAGAAAGCUGGACAGUCGCGGGUGCCCCCUUCUAAAGGAAAGAUGUAAACCAGAGAGCAGCAGUAGCAUACCGUAAUUGUUUAGCAGCAAAUCAGAGGCUAAUCCCCAUUUGAAGCUCAUAAAUAACGUCAGUUUUCCCAAUUAAAGCUACUAGCCUAACUUCUACUCAAUAAUUGAUGCGAACUAUUUUUCCUUCGUCCUGUGCGCUUUUGCUUUCUAGGCGGUUUUGAGUCUAGCUUGAGAGUCUACUCUCAGAUUGAUAAAUUGUGGAAGAAUAUAUGAGGCUGACAACGACAGAUCAUUCUGGCUAGCUGCAGGGAUUCUCAUGCAUGAGGUUAAAUAACAGAGCUAUGGAUGAGCAAUACAUGGGAAAGCUACUGGUCGGAUUUUUAAGUUGUGAUGACAACUGCUGCAAAUGAGGCUAGCCAUCCCUUUUAAAGAAACAUAGCCUAGUCGAAUUGAGAAGCUUUCAUCUGUUGAAGGGUUCUAAGUUGGCAAAUGCAAAAAGCUUGAGUGGUAAUCCUUCCACCAAUCCACCAGAAGGCUUGAGUGGAUAUAGGAUGCGUAUCUUUUGAUUUAUAGGGAAGAUGAUGUCACAAGGGGAGCUGCCCCAACACUGAGUGAUGCAAGAGCUAUGAGAUUUUCUACUUUGAUCAUAUUCUAAUUGGAUGCUAAGUUGUCACAAUCUGCUUAAAUUCUAAGAAAACUGAAGUCUACACUGAGUGUGUUAAUGAUUUA